AUGGCGCGGCUCACAGUGCUAAUAUCAUUUUCGUUCCUGGUCGCCUGCGUCUCCGCAAAUUCACUCAAGUCACCAGAUAAUGAAGAAUUAUACAAGGACCGCGACAAUGCAUAUAAAACAAGUUUGAAAUUGAAAAGGCAAACAUACAAUUUUGGUGCAGGAGGACCCAGCUAUGGGAGUGGACACGGUGGAAAUGGUGGACACGUUGGAAAUAACUACUACGGAAAUGUCAGCAAUAACGGAAGUCCAUCCUCUGUAUAUAAUAUCAACGGUGGUGCUGGUAAUGGAGGUAACAGUUAUGGAGGCGGUCCAGCUGGAGUUGGUGGCUUCAAAAGAGGAAACGCCGGAAAAACCACAAAUUCAAACAACCAAAACGGUUACGGCAUCUCUUUGCUAGGAGGUGUCGCUAAAGGAGUUAGUAAUGAUGCUUAUUAUUCCCAGCCGCCAGCCUAUCCGUACCCUUCCCAGCCGCCAGCCUAUCCGUACCCUGACUUAAAUGCGUAUGGUUACCCCCUAUAUCUGCAAUAG